AACAAUAAUCUAUUUGGUACUGUUUGUAACUUCAGGGGAAAAGUUGAAGCCAAGAAUAAUGUCUAAGAAAGGUUCCCGAAUUAAAAGCUUAAAGGGGUUUGGUUCAAAGGUUCAUUGUGAAGAUCAUUUGUCUGACUCAGCAUCGAGCACCGAAACUUCCCAUGAAGCAAAAAACGUUGGUGUGCAGGACAAUAAAUCUUCUUAUAACGAGUGUGAGCCUUUACAUAUACGUAACUCAGAACCGAAAAGAAAAAACGCUGAGGUUGAAACUCCAGGGACAUUGCCUUCCCGUUUUCCAGAGUUCCAUGCAAGUGAGCAAGGUCCAUGGUCUGCAAUGAUUUGCUAUGAAGCCUGCGUACGGCUAUGUCUUCAUUCGUUGGCAGCAGAUAGUGACAACGAGGCUUCAUACUUCCUCAAAAACGAUUGCGUUUUACUCCGAAAUGCAUUUGGUUUGCAGAGUUUCUUGCUUCAGUCUGAAGAAGAACUACUUGGAGACAGACCUUCUAACUUGGUUAGUGAGACAACUGCUCAAAAAUCGAAAAAAAUUGUUGGAAAGAUUAAACUCCAAGUUGGUAAGAUCAAAAUGGAAUCAGAUCCACAACCUGGUUGCGGUACUAUUCCAUCACUGAAGCAUGAAGUUAUUAGUCAGCAACUGGAGGAUCUGAAUGCUACUUUGUAUUCUGGAUGGAAAGCAGUGAAGAGAGUUCAUGUCGCUCCCCAAGUUACUCCAAAAGGUUCGAUUUCACGUAAAAGUCUUGAGUAUAUGCGUGCAUGUGCUCACUACCUCAAAGAGGUCUCAAAAGUCCUCCGAAAAGAAUUUGUUACAUCUAACGGUGCCAAACCACGUUCUCUCCAAGCAUCACAAGAAAAGUUUUCAUGUUGUAUGAAGCUGAAGAGCUCUAUGGAGGAAGAUCAAGUUAAAACACAACCUGGAUCCGGAGAAACAUUUUUCUUCUUACCAGAUAGUAUCGGUGAUGAUUUGAUUGUUGAAGUUCGCGAUUCCAAGGGGAAGUUUUGUGGUCGUGUCUUAGCUCAACUAGCAGCUAUAGUUGAAGAACCGGUGAGAUACAUGUUAAUCCACUUAUGUUGUUGCGUCUACAAGAUGAAUUGUUCUAAUAAUCUAAAGGGCUGGCUGUUUUACCAGAGCGAGAAGCUUAAAUGGUGGGCAAUAUAUCAUGAACCAGAGCAUGAACGUAUUGGGAGAAUCCAACUUCAUAUAAACUACUUAAGCAGCUUAGAUGAAAGAACUAAGUGUGGGUUGGUGGCAGAAACUUCAGCAUAUGACUUGGUCUUGGAAGUGGCUAUGAAAGCCGAACAGUUUCAGAGCCAAAACCUCGUGAUUAAAGGGCCAUGGCAUUGGAUGGUAACUCAGUUUGCCUCUCUUUACGGAAUUUCUGAUGCAUAUACAAAACUAAGAUAUCUUUCAUAUGUCAUGGAUGUUGCCUCGCCUACUAAGUACUGCAUUGAUCUGAUAUAUGAUUUUCUAUGCCCUGUUAUAAUGAAAAAGAACUAUAAAGCUACAUUGAGUCAUCAAGAGAAUCGAAUGCUUGCGGAGAUUGAUGAAAAAGUCCAGCAUGUUCUUGCUUUGAUAUUCGAGAAUUAUAAAUCUCUAGAUGAAUCUUGUUUCUCUGGAAUCAAACAUGUUUUUGAGCCUCCUACAGGCACUCCUGCACCCGCUAUAGCAUCAGCUAUCAAGCUUUACGGUCUUCUCAACAACUUGUUAAGCCAAGAGGCACAACUAAGCCUUUGCAGAUACUUUCAGGCUGCUUUAAAGAAAAGAUCAAGAAUAUACUUCUUAGAAACAAAUGACACACUUGACAAAGGCAUUGAGGAUGUCACUUCUUAUCAGAAGUUGAAGUCUUUAGUUCUUAGCCUUAAGAAGGAAAUCUCCACUGAUAUAGCCAUCCAUAAGAGCAAUGUGCUCCCAAGGUUUAUAGACCUCCCAGAUCUUUCAGCAGCAAUAUAUAGGACUGAUCUACUCAAAAUACUAAUCGAAUAUCUUAUCACGUGGCCUCCUCCUUCACCAUCUCCUCAAGUUGUAGACCUUGUCAUUACAACUGCCGACUUUGAAGCCGAUCUCACGCGUUGGAAACUAAAUCCAAUCAAAGGUGGCUUCAAUGCAAGAGAGCUUUUCCAUUCAUAUAUUACUAGUUGGAUCGAAGAGAAAAGAAGUGCUCUAUAUGAGUUCUGCAAGUCAGAAACGGGAAAAGCAUGUAGUGAGAUUCAAGGCCUGACCUCACCUUUUGUCGAUGAUAUGUAUGAGUUACUCAACGUGACACUCGAUGAAUAUAAUAUCAUCAUCAGGCGUUGGCCAGAAUAUGGAGUAUCCUUGGAGGAAGUUGUUGUGGAUACUGAGAGGGCAAUGGUUGAAGCGUUGGAGAGGCAGUUUUACGAAAUUUUAAAUCCUUUAAAGGAUAGCAAGAUAUCUGCAUUGAAAUACGUUCAGAGAUUGACCAAGAGAGGCACAUACUCUGUUCCAAAAGAGCUUGGAGUCUUUCUAAAUUCAAUGAAAAGAGUGCUUGACAAGUUACGGUCGAGUAUAGAGGAACGUUUCGAGGAGUGGAACUCUUAUCUAUCUGAUAAAAAGAAGAGAGUGUUGGGAGAGAAGCUGAGAGAAGUGACUGUACUGUUAAAAGCCAAGUUCAGAAGCUAUACGCAAGCGCUCGUGGAGAAGCUUGUAGAGAACAUGAGUUUGCAACAUCACAUGAAAAUGAAGCACGUCAUACACGACUUAAAGGAGACAACAACAGAACCUGACGUUAGAGACCGAAUGCAGAGUUUGAAGGAUGUAGCAGACAAGACCAUGGAACAACUGCAUUGUGUUUUGUCGGUCGAUGUGUUUGUCUUAAUAUGCAAAGGGAUAUGGGACAGCAUGGGACAGGACGUGAUUCUCCUUUUGACAGAUAAGAAAUACAACGUGACUUGGCACAAAGGCCUCACUAUCUCAGUUUCUGUUUUAGAUGAGAUAUUUGAGGAUAAGAUGCAAAGUUUGCUCGGUGAUUCGGGAAAGGGAGUGAAUUUCGAGGCGCCGAGAUCGAUAGUUGAGCUACGAUCUAUGAUCUCUGAAGAUAAGAAAGGCUACUAAAACUGAGAGAGAAACUGUUUGUUAUCUUUGGGGUAGUUAAAAAGAAACAAACUGUUUAUUUUUGAGUUUUUUUUUUGCUUAAUAAAAUGUGUAGACAGAAAUAUAAAUAUGAUAAGCAAAUUCAUCUAUGUUGGCAUAACAAAAAUAUUUCGUCGCCUGGGAGAUUCGAACUCUCGCGGGGAAACCCCAUGUACUUAGCAGGCACACGCCUUAACCACUCGGCCAAAGCGACGUUUUGAAAGUUCUUGUGUUGUCCUAAGAUUAUUUUAUUUAUGGCUUGUUAGAUGUAUGAUGUAUCAUGUAUGGUUUUGAACUUUGAAGUAACGUAAGUUUGUCCACAGUUUUAAGUUUCUGUAACUUUUGUGUUUCAUUUAUAUUAUAAGAUCAAUCUACGGUAUUCAAGCAGCAGUAGACAAUCAUCUUCGUGAAAACUUCCGUAUUAAUUUAGACAUUGCAUUAAACAUUUAAACUUAAUAUUGUAGUAACCUGGAUAACUUCAAAUAAUCACCAAGGAACUAAAGAAAAAGAAAAGACUUAAAAGUGUAACAAAGAGAAGUACAAUGAAAGAAC